GUCUGGUAUCCGGUGUGUCUCCAUUAUCUGGUCUAGGGAAUCUGUGCCUGCCUUCUCCACGAAGCAAACUUCUCCAACCUAGAACCCUCCAGAUGCGAUGAACGCCUAUAGUUCUCGCCAGCGCGGCAAGGACGUGUCGGAUGGGAGGCUGACGAUUUUAGCUCAGUGCAUCUGGACGGCGCCAGGAUGCUCAUGCUGGUCAAGUGGAAAUGCAGCUGGUGAGGCUUGCAGACACAGCGAUGGAGAGAAUACAGAUGCUGGAUUUCUUUGUGUCAGUAUGCAGGUAUCAGAACGUGAUGGUGGAUUGUCCACAGGAAAUGGAUUAGACAGCCCCACAGCAUCCGAUGCCCAGCAAGUUUCACCCUCUCACCCCAAGCCUCCUUCCCUGGACCUCUUUAAUCUGGUGGUAUCCUAUAAGCAGCUGGAGCUGUACCUGGAACCACUGCAGGAUGUUGUUGAAGGAGUGUGGUUCCUCCUCAGCUGGCAGAUGCCCUUCUGCUCUCUCCUUACUUGCUUGGGGGUCAACUUUCUGCUGCUUACUCUGAGUGAAGCUGCUUGGUAUGGGCUGUGUGUCCUGCUGAUCUCAGUGCCUGCCAUGCUCGGCUAUCUACAGGAAACAUGCCGCAUCCGUCUGACUGAAGAGCAGCUGGCACGCCGUAGGUAUCACAGUGUACGGCGAGAGGAUGUGAGAAAAGUUCAACUUUCUCGAAACGAGGCUGUGGCUGAAGUCAAGGGCUUCCUGAUCCGAUUAGAAGCCCUCCUGAACAGGCUCUGUGGUGGCUGUGAAGCAGCUUACCGUGUCCUCUUCUGGGAGAACCCUACGGUCUCCUCCCAGUUUUAUGGGAUACUGAUGGGUUCAGUUUGUGCCCUUUACCUGCUGCCCCUCUGCUGGAUCUUUGUUCUUCUUAAUAGUGCCCUAUUCUUGGGCAAUGUGGCAUUUUAUCAAGUGAUGCUGGACCUAAAGUCAGCUGUAGAGCAGCGCUUGGGCUUCAGAUCCAUCCCUGUGGCUCCAGAGCCGGAAGAGCUGGAUGUUGGAGAAGUGGGAGCUAGUGUCUUGCCAGACUGGACACCUACACUGGCUGGUACUGAGGAUCUGACCCCUGGCAGUGUGGAGGAAGCAGAGGAAGCAGAACCUGAUGAUGAAUUCAAGGAUGCAAUUGAGGAGGAGGAUGACAUCUCCCAGGGUUCAGGAGAGUUUGAACUUGGCCUACCUGACAGUCCCUUUAUGAGCAAGAACGAAGUGAUUCGUAGCAGGGUGUCACGGUUGACAGAACGUCUGCGCAAACGCUACCCAACCAACAACCUCGGUACUGGACUGAAAGAUGGACAUGGAAACUGUGCAAGUUGUUCUGCCACUUUCUCUGUAUUGAAGAAGAGGCGAAGCUGCAGUAAUUGUGGGAACAGUUUUUGCUCCAGGUGCUGUUCUUUCAAAGUUCCCAAGAGCUACAUGGGGGCUACAGCUCCUGAUGCCCAGCGGGAGACGGUCUUCGUAUGUGGGCAGUGUAACCAAGCACUCACCAAGUGAGACGCCAGUAUGGAAUCCAGUCUUCAGAUGAAUCUGCUGUGGAUCUUACACUACACUAGCUGCUACUUGGAGGGAGUCAAGCAACCGCACUGCUUCUUUUCUUCCUCCCUAUACUUGUAAUAGGAGGGGGCCAGCACAUCUAACCUGCUGACUGCUCUGUGUGCUCCCGCUCUCUUUCUUGUAAGCAACUGAGGAGGUUCCUGCAAUCCUGAUUGUGUGGAGAAUUCUUUAUGCACUAAACUACUGUAGGCUUCCUUCCCUCCUCCCAAAUCCAAGAGCAAACAUUUCUUUUCUAGUCUGUGGCCCCAAUUUUUUUCUGGAGCUUGGCUGACAGGAGGUUGGCUGUCCUCAUUUUUGCAAAGUCACUCUUGGCAUUUGGACUCCUCAAACCUCUCAAAGUAUGUGUUCUACUGUUGCUAAGGUGCCAUCCCUCUGUGUGUGUGUGUGUGUGUGUGUGUGUUCUGAAAUGGAGGCUGGGUCUUCCUUCAGAUGAUGUUUAUAGUUGGCUCUGAGAGCAGGCUUUGCAGUGCCAAGAGGACCAACUGUUGUUGUCCAACCAGUGAUGUAGCUGGAUCUACUUUUUCUCCCUAUCCCAGGUGAGGACAAUGUUUCUCUCCCUUCCCCACCUCCAUGCCACUGACUUUGCUUUUCUUAGUUUUUAGCUACAGCUCCUUAGCAUGGUCAAACUAGGAUCUGGAAAAUGUGUGCUUUUCAUCCCUGCAUUGUUAGAAGACAGAGGCUGCUGUAGUUAAUCAGAGUUCUUGCUAAAGCAAAGCCUAACUGAAAGACAGGGAGCUUCCUCAGGAGGUGGAUCCCUUCUACAGAAGUGGAAUGUUUUUGGACUAUUGCAGAGUAAUAAAUAUCCUAACAAUAAACAGUAUCCUUGGGUAGUAAAGCCAACAUUUUCAGAGUCUGAAGUAAUUUUUAUUGCUGUGAGGGCUAGAGGGGUGAUAUAGCAGGAUCCCUGCUAUGGAUACACAUUUCUGGAAGAAGAGCAUUAGCAUACAGAUAGAACAAUGGAACAUAGGAUGUGUGAUGGGGAAUAACAGAAUGGGAGUAGUUCAUUGGGACAUACAGGAUAUGGUGGUCUCAAAAAAACAGACAAAUGUGUCUAUAAUGUGCUGAAGCAUGUGGAAUAUGAGAUGGAGCAUAACAGAUGUAAUCCCAAAUGCCAAGAGGAAGUGUUUUGUGGAGCUGGCAGUAUCUUGGACAGUCCCUUUGAGACUCAACCAUGGUGAGGUAUUGAGUAUGCCUGAUGGAAAUACAACUGAGAAUGCCUUUUGCUUUGGGGACAUUAGGAACAUAGAUACAAAAACAGUCUGGAAAUAGAUUUAGAACACUGUACUUUUGAUUUAAUAGAUAAACUGAAUUUCCCUCUUCUGAUUGUGGACAGUUGUACAUAUCAUCAAAGGCAUCUGCUAAAAAUAUAUUCCAGGACUAGGUGGAUUCUUUGAGUUGUGAAGUGACAUUUUAUAAAUCUUCACAGUAAAUUAGGGACUCCCAACAUUUUUGAGUUGCUUGGAUCAUUUGGAAUUUUGAGUUGUGGAUGCUCAUUUAAAAUAACUGUUGGGGUGGGAGAAAGGAUUUUGGCUGCCUUGGGGGACAUAGCUAUUACAUGGCUCCAGGUCAUUAGGAUGCUCCCUCCUCUCUGCUUCUCUCACAUACUCCUGGUUCUCUGCUGCUUCUGCUAACCUUUUUCUGGAGAGGUGGCUAUUUCCAGGUGAAGUUCUGAAGAGCAGUAUCAUAAAGAUGAUGCUGAAGGUUGGCAUUUUUCUUUAUAAUGCCAGUUUCCCAAUUGUAACGUAUUAUUUUUUUAAUAUGUAAUGUGUGGUGCAAGCAGGAGCCUAGGAGCUCCCAUGAGAGGGGUCUCUGUGCAGAUGCGAGCUCCCAUGAGAAACAUGGGUUAUGAAUUGUAUAAAAAUUAAAACUUCCUGUCUACUUCCUGCCAUCUUUUAAAAUGACAAAAACACCUGAGACUUUGGUGUCUAUAAAACACAUUUGUGAAGUAAGUCCCACCAGUAGCACUUUUAAUUAGGCUUUAGAUUGUUAAUUUAUAGAAGAGGUGAAUAGAUCUAUUCAUCCCACCCUCCUAUCAGCAUUUAAAAAUUGAUUAGUAGGCUACUGGAGAAAUGAGGUCUGUGUAAGUAAAAAUACAGCAGUAAUAAUAUAUUACUUAAGACUUUGUACACCACUCAUACAAUAUUUCUAAUAAUUUCCUGUGUCACUGAUACAGUAUGAGUUUUUAAAACUUGACCAAAUGAGGAACUCCUCUCCUCCCCCUGCUCCAAACUGCACAUAUAAAACUGCCCUGGGGUAGGUCAGUUUACUGUAUCCUGAUAGUUGUUGCCAAAUCCUCUUGCUAAGGUAAUGUAAAGCUUUUAUUACUAUAUUUAUUAAUUGUCAUUUGACUGGAAAUAUAAGGAAACAGUGCUGCUGCUGGCCACACUGAAGAGUCAGAGAAACUAAUCAUAGUGGGUGCUGAAGGGGGCAGAGGUCAGGGUCAGAGCUGUUACAGAGUGAGGCCUUGAGGUCUCAGCCAGCUCCAGGGCAUUUCUUGUGUGGCUUAAUAGCUUUUUCACAUUAAAAAUGGUGUCAUUUUGCCUAUUGCUCUCAAGUUAAAAAUUUAAAGGGUAAUUUUAAAAGUAAAUUAACUUGAUGAAGUCUGUACUUUUUCUCCCUUGAAUGCAAAAGUAUUCAUCAUUGGUAAAGUUGAGAAAAUAGCUAGAGUAAUAGCUAGUGUUUUUUUCCCAGCAAGUUAGAAUUGGAAUUUGGUUGAAGCAUUCCUUUUUCCAAAAUGUAACUUUACUUAAAAAUAAGUGCCAGGGUUGGAUAGAUGAGACCGAAACCAUGAAGUGUUAUAAUUAUAGUCCAAGUCUGCUAUUAUUUGAAGGAUUAAUAAUACUUUAAGCAUAAUGAUGAUAGGGUUAAUCAGCAUAAUGUUGAUUUCAGAAACCAGUAUGUUGUAACUUAGAUUGGUGCUAGAAGUUAGUUAUGAGAGAUUUUGCUAAUCUCAGAGGAGCUAAAUACUUCUAACUCAGUGAAGAUCAAUUACAAUAAUAAAAAUAAGUUUCUUAUGAAUACUUAAUUAACAAUAAAAUCAUAAAGACAUUUAUACAGAGAACCCCUUGUUGAAUUCAAAGCUUGAUUCUGAGGAACUGAAAUUAAAUUCUAGGAUGGAGGUGGCAUGUAAAUGCACAAUAGUAAUGCUUCAUCUUAAUUCUAUUAAAGAGGCUAACUUCUGUGGUCUGAUGUAUAGAAAUGAUAAAUGUUAUUGCAUAAAGCAGGGCUCUAUUGCUCCCAUGUCUUUAAGCAAAUAUGGGUCUCACACUGGCAGAUUUAGUAGAAACCAGCCCUAAACUGUUGUAGAGGAACUAUAAAUCAGAAGACAUAAUUUAUGGGAUAAUAACUGGUGGUGUUUGUGAGUAGGAUACUUUUUCCAUAACUUUUCUUUGGAGAGGGAGAAUUGACUUUUUAAAAGAGUUUGUGUUACAUAGUCUGAGAGCGGAAUGAAGAGGUUUUGUUUACAAGAAUAGAUGUAAGUUGUAGCAUGAUUUAAGAGGAUGUUUUGAAGAAGAAUGAGACAAAGGUAGUAAUUGAUAGAGAAGGUUGAACAAAGGGAAUUCCAGAGCUGUGCUGUUGUGUCAGCAAAACCUUUAUGCUUCCAACUUUCAGAAUUGUGUGUGUGUGUGUGUGUGUGUGUUUGAGAUGACUUUAUGAGGGAAAGACCUGAUCAGUCUUUCAAAGAUCAUUAUAGAUGGAAUUAUGAGAUGCUUCCUUGUUGGUGGUUGAAAGUUGCAGAUGAUAUGUAGGGGAUACUGUACACAAUUAAUGCAAUUAAGAAAUGCUAGUUGUGAAGCUUAAAUGGGGAAGUGUGUUUUGUCAGUUUUUAACAAUUGUAUUUUCAUUUUCUUCAUUUAAUUAGCAAAUAGUUACCACCUUGCAAGGAAUAUUACAGAUUACAUUAGAAGUAGUUAAAUCUGAAGAUUUAGGAACUAAAAGCCCUCAUCACUCCAAAAUAUCGUAUCUUUGGAGGCAAUCCCAGGUUCUGGCACAGCAUUAGGUCUGGGGUACAAUGGAGGAUGGAGAAUUGAAACCAAGCCACCAAUACUGUUGCUACUGUUGCUUGCAGUGGCAGCAUAUAACCCCAAAGAUAAAGACUUUCUAGGGAAAAAGAAAGUGAAAGAAAAGACAUGGAUGGAAGGCAAACUAAGAUAUAGACUCCUGCAACUUAUUAGAAAUAUUCAGGGUCAGUGCAAUAUAAUGCUCUUUUCUUACACAACUGAUUCUUAAGAGAUAACUCUCAAAGUGCUAUUUUUUCAAAUUCUGUCUGCUGCAAAUUACUCUUUCUCUUCUGCAUAUCUUUCUCUUUCCUUCCUUCCCUCCGCCCCCCCCCCCCAAUUUUUGUUCUAAAACUUCAGGGAUGUCCAUUUCUUCACCUACAAAAAUUCACCUAUUAUAGACAAAUAUUUAAGAGUUGCGGCAACAAUGAUAGCAGCCAGCAGUCUUGAUCUCCACAAUGUGCAUGUGUGUGUCAUGUAAGAGAGAUGUAAACUUUGCAGACUUCCACAUCUUAAAGUCCACAUAUCUUAGAAGUGCUGAGAUUGAGAAACACUGCUAUAGAGUAUCUGAGACAGUUUUUUUCCUGACUGGAAGAUAUCUUCUUAGCCACUCUCUUCUCUCUUCCCUGCAAGUUUUGGCUAGGAGUAAGUCCCUUUGAAAAAUUUAUCUGUGUGCAAGCCAGGAUUACUCCCCUCCAUUUGCUUUGUCUUAGGCAGUUCUCUUGUCCCCCAGCAGUGCUAAUGCUAUGUACGUAUUUCUGUGUCCAGCUGGAAGAGAUGAGGAAGACAACCCCACCCUGUUUGCCAUCUGCCUUGUCUCUUGGUAGUCUGGCAUCCUGCACGUGGACAGGCCUGGUUGAUUUGGCAUCCUUCCUUGAGGUUCCACACAGGAAUAUUUGUUGCUUUAGUAUCGGCACAUAAUAGGUGCAAAAUUUUCAGCAGUCUCUAGGUAGGUAAUGUGGGAAGUGGUAGGGAAAAGACUGAAAGAACAAGGAAGCCAACGGGUAUAUUUUUCAGUGGUAUUCCCCAUAAAUUUGGGAUAGUCAUCCCCUCCCCAGUAUAAUUGAUCAUGGAUAAUCUGGAUGCCUCUUGCUCUGUUUUUUGGACAUAAGACACAAUGCCAUCCUCUAGAGUAAUAUUAGAAAUAGUUCCAAAACCAUAUCCAGCAACUCUGCCUUAACACAUGCCCACAUGAUUCAGCAUAGAGCUGGUAAUGGCAAGGAUGUAUGUAUGUGAAAUUAUGGAUAAAGAGUCACUUUAACUCAAAAGUACUGACUGUCCUCUAGCACCAUCUUGGAGAAAUUUUGCUCAAUCUCUGCUUGAAAUUCUGUUUGGUCUGGAAGAAAGCUAGAAGUGGAAGUUGGGGUUGGAAUUAAAGAAGGCCAAAAUUUGGCCAGUCUUAGUGGAGUCCUAGUUUGAUCAACAUGUAUUUCUUCAAGCACGUGAAAAUAGGAUGAUCUACCAUACUUGGAACUUCAUUCCUGGACUAUUGUUAAAAAAUAAUGUAAUAAGUUGCUUUAGAGUAGGUUGAAAAGAAUGUAUAAAUGAAUGGCUCAUUAAACAUGGAUUUCCUGAUCAUAAUAUUUAUG